AUGGUCAUGCUAUUUGAAGAAGCGAUAUUAACGAGCUUCUUGAUGCAGGUCACAACGUACGGUACGUUGACGAUCGUUACAAUCGAAUACGCGCAAACUUUCUCGACAAGCUUUAAGCAGGCCGUGACCAUGCUUUUACCCAGUAUUUUACUUCAAAGUGGUGACCGGCACAACGAAUCUGGAUUGACAGACACUUCAUUUACAAUUACUGGAAUGUUGGCGUUUUACUGA